AUGAAGUUGGCCGUCUUUAGCGCCAAAUCCUACGACCGCACCUACCUGGAUCAGGUGCGAGAUCAGCACUUUCCGCAACUAUGCACCAUCGAGUACCAUGCCUUCGCCCUGUCUGAGGAGACCGUCCCCUUAGCCCAAGGGUCCGACGCAGUCUGUGUCUUUGUCAACGACACCCUGGACGAACCCGUGCUGAGAGCUCUCCACGCCUACGGGAUCCGCGCCAUCCUACUCCGCUGCGCGGGAUUCAACCAUGUCCACCUCGCAACUGCCGAAGAGCUAGGCCUCUUCGUGGCGAAUGUCCCCGCAUACUCCCCGGAAGCCGUAGCCGAAUUUGCCGUCGCCCUGAUCCAAACCUUGAACCGCAAGACUCACCGCGCAUACAAUCGCGUGCGCGAGGGUAACUUCAACAUCGAAGGUCUGCUCGGAAAUACCCUACAUGGCAAAACCGUGGGGAUCGUCGGCGUGGGACGCAUCGGGCUGGCCGCCGCGCGCAUCUUCCAAGGCUUCGGGUGCCGACUCCUCGCGCACGACCCCUUUCCCGAUGAAGAGUUCCGCCAGUACGGGACGCUAGUGGACCUCGACACCCUGCUCAAGGAGAGCCAUAUCGUGACUCUGCAUUGCCCCCUGACAGCGAGCACGAAGCAUCUCAUCAAUGAACAGACCUUGGCGCGUAUUCGACCGGGUUCCUUGUUGGUAAAUACCUCACGCGGUGCACUCAUCGAUACGACGGCGGCUAUUCAGGCGUUGAAGACAAAACAGCUGGGCGGGUUGGCAUUGGAUGUCUACGAAGCGGAAGGCGAGCUUUUCUACAACGACCACUCUGGGGAGAUCAUCGAGGACGACGUUUUAAUGCGCCUGAUGACCUUCCACAAUGUCCUGAUCUGUGGUCACCAGGGGUUCUUCACGCGCGAGGCCCUCGAGGAGAUCGCCGAGGUCACACUCGGCAAUCUGUCUAAUUUUGUCUCGGGCCUCUCUUGCAAGAACUCCUUGGUCACCGAGGGACAUUUAUUGGCUCGCCUUGACACAGAGCCGGUGAGACUCUAA